AAACUCUGUAAUUCUGUAAAAUGUCAGGUUUAUCAGUAAGCGUUGGCUAAUUGAGAGUUUAAGAUUGGUCAUACAGCUAGUACUGCUAGUUCUGCUAGGACUGUUAGUUAGCCAAUAGUUGUUCUUGCUAAGUUUUUGUUAACACUAGUCAACGUUAGCUAGCUCUCAUGGAUGUAAUGUCAAGUCAGAAGUUAAUACGUUGUUAAAGAUCUAUAGGUCGACGUGUGACAAUUUGUUGGAAGCUAACAUUAGUUGUGAAGACCAUCAGCACCAAUGGAGUUAGCUAACAAGCUAAACUAUUCAGAUGUGGUAAAAUAGCCUUCAGAGUGGGUGUGGUGUAUGAGCAACUAUCACACUUGUGCUUGCUAACCUAUCUGUAGUCACAUUCAAUAUGGGUAGAGUCUGAAUGCGGUGGAAGUUUAUAAUAGCUCUCCCUCGUCUUAACCAGUUAUUUAUUCUCAGACGAUUCGGAGCAUGUCCCCCCUGAGGUCGGGCACACAAUGUAACAGUUCAUCUGGAAUUGAGAGGGGAAUGAAACGGCAUGGAGGCCCACAGUUCAGGUCAGCAGCUCUCACGAAAGAGGAAGCGAGAGGAGGGGUCAAACGGAGAGGCAGAGGAUGGAGUGCGGGCAGCAAAGGCCUUACACCACAUGCCGGGCUUGUCAGAGCCAGCGCCCUUUGCCGAUGAGCUAGAGGAAGUGACAAAUGCGUACGUACGUGUGACUAUGGAGGAAGCACAGAGGGGAACUCCUCCGGAUCGGCCAGUGAGAGUGUACGCUGACGGCAUUUUUGACAUGUUCCAUUCAGGCCAUGCCAGGGCCCUAAUGCAGGCCAAGUGCCUCUUUCCCAACACCUACCUCAUUGUAGGAGUGUGCAGCGACGACCUCACGCACAACUUUAAGGGCUUCACGGUAAUGAACGAGGACGAGCGCUAUGACGCAGUCAGCCACUGCCGCUACGUGGACGAGGUAGUGCGUGACGCGCCCUGGACGCUAUCGCCGGAUUUCCUGGCCCAGCACAGGAUUGACUUUGUCGCCCAUGAUGACAUCCCUUACUCGUCUGCAGGGAGUGAUGAUGUGUACAAACACAUCAAGGAGGCGGGCAUGUUUGCACCAACACAGCGAACUGAGGGCAUCUCCACCUCGGACAUCAUCACACGCAUUGUCCGUGACUACGACGUAUAUGUACGCCGUAACUUGCAAAGAGGCUACACAGCCAAGGAGCUCAACGUCAGCUUCAUCAACGAGAAGAAGUACCACCUGCAGGAGCGUGUGGACAAGGUGAAGCAGAAGGUGCGGGACGUGGAGGAGCGCUCCAAGGAGUUUGUGCAGAAGGUGGAGGAGAAGAGCAUUGACCUCAUCCAGAAGUGGGAGGAGAAGUCCCGCGAAUUCAUCGGCAACUUCCUGCAGAUGUUUGGCCCAGAGGGGGCACUGAAGCACAUGUUAAAAGAGGGGAAGGGCCGUAUGCUGCAGGCCAUCAGCCCCAGGCCGAGCCCCAGCAGCAGCCCUACGCGUGAGGAGCGCUCGCCCUCGCCCACCUUCCGCCUGCCCUUCUUCACCAAGACGCCCCCCUUGUCCCGCUCACCCCCCCUGCACGGCACCAGUCUGCAGAGCAUCAGCGAAGACGAGGACGACGAGGACUGAGCCGCCUCCACCCUCGCCUCAUCUACUCUCCCUUCUUCUCUUCCUCUUCCUCUCCCUCGCUCCCUCGCUCCUACCCCUCCUCCGGUUUCCCUCCAUCAGGCGAUAUGACUCCUCCGUCCCUGUUGAAGUCCAGCCGCACUCACACACACACACACACAAUCCUCAGCUUUGAACCACUGACGAGUUCUAAAGGGAUCAAGCGUUUUUUUGUUUUUUUCAAACAUCUGUUUUCCUCAUUCUUGUUUGUUUCUGUGCUGUUUCUGUUUUUAUUUCCCUCAUCCGCCUGGCUGGUGGAACUGUUUGGAGAGGUGAACUGUGGACUGUUUGAGGAGGAGGAGGCGGAGGUGUUAAAAUGUCUUGUGAGCAUGUGAGUCUUUGUGACUGUUUCCUGAACAUUCCAAGCACAAGGUGUAUGUGAGAGUGUGAGAGUGGCCUUGUUCUCGUCAAAAGUCUGAGGAGGGCCCUCUACUGGAAGAACAUAGUCAUUGCAGGGCAAACUUUUUUUGUUCUCUUUUGCCCAACCCUGUUGCAACCAUACACACACAAAAAAACACACACACACACACACACACACACACACACACACAUAUAAUUCCUUUUAUAAUCCCUCAGACUCAGCCGUCGGGCACGCCUGACAGAUUCUGCAACCCAUUUGCCAAGGCCCAUUGGCAAGACCACAACACAGUGAAAUCGAGAGCGAUAGACGCUGAUUGUUGCUGAGGGCACUUUCACAGCCCUCUUGCUUUGUUUCUUUCACCCCAGAUGCAUUACUUUUCUGUGAGCACAUUGAAAAUGAUUGUAGUGGCAUUUGUGUUUCUCCUUCCUCUUGUACUACACCUGGUAACUGGUCUCUGUUGGGCACAUUGUUUAUGUCUUCAGCUGUGCGUGCACAUUUUUGUUUACGGCAGCCAGUAUUUGUUUUAUGGUCACGUGAUGUUAGGAUGAUGUUAGCAGCUCUCACCUGUUUUAUUUUUACGUAGCUGGACUGGAAAUCCGAGCACACUCUGCAGAUGUGGGGGGAUCCACAGGGCGGGGUAAGAAGAGGGGUCAGGGGGUAUUACGCUCACCUUUUACACACUGAAAUGCACCAUCCUGUCAUCUGAAUGCCUUCAUUUCUGGACAAAGGCAGGGGUCUCAUUCCAGACACUCGCAGUGGGGAAGAGUUUUUUUUUCUUUUUUUUUUUUUUCUUCUUUCUUUGGAUGGGAGGAACUUGCUGGGGGACGGGGACGAACAGAGGGAGUGAGGAUCCAUGCGUGUGGUGUGUUUUUGGGGGGCACGAGGGGGGUGUGUUAGGUAGGCCUGGGUGAGGAGGGUUUUUUCCCCUUACAUGGAGUCGUGGAAUGCUGUUCCUCCUCUGCUCCCUGCUGGGAGACACGUUGGUGCAGUGGAGCACUAACUUAUCGCCACGGCCAAAAAAGAGAGCGAGAGAGAGAGAGUGCUCCUUUAUCUGCUGCUCCCCUGUUAUCUAUAUGGUGCUCUCUCUUGCUCUCUCUCUCGCUUUUUGAAAGCUCUUAAAGCAAAAGCCUCAAUAUCCUUUUAUCUUUUUUUGCCCUCCUUGUUGUACUUCGCUUCACUGCAUUACCAAAUUGUUUAGCCCGAGGUUGUGGGUCACAAAGCCUUUAAAAAAAGUCCUCUCCGGACCAUUAUUUUUAUCGAUUAACAUGUCUGCAUUUAUGUUCAUCUUUUCCAUUUUUAGUUGUCAUGAAUAAUAAAAUAAUGUAAUUCCAUGGGUUGAACGUAGAGAUGCAUGGCAGUGCUCUCUCUCUCUCUCUCUCUCUCUUUCUCUUUCUUUCUUUCUUUCUUUCUUUCCAGAAGCACUGUCUGUCUGAUCGGCUGCAUUCCGAAGCCAGGCACCAGCAGACACUCCUAAGCUCUCAGCAGCAUGGUGGCACCUCUCCAGGGCUCUUAGGGACACAUUUCCAAACCACUGUUUACAAUGCCCCGGCCGUGCCAGAGACAGUGGUAAUCACGAAGUGUGUGACAAUGCCCCGGCCCUGCCAGAGACAGUGGUAAUCACGAAGUGUGUGCGUUAGCACUGGGCACCAAAAAACCAAAUUGCCAGAACUAGGACGGCGAUCAUGUCGGGUGUGUGUUUAGGGGGGGGGCUUUUUUUGUGAUACCCUGAGCUCUCUUGGCACUUUUGGCUAUGUCUGAGUAUUGUGUGCCUGAACCCCUGUGCCCUCUCAGCCCCUAGUCCCAGCCAGCUGUCUCGCAGGCAUCGUCGCGUGACCAGCAUUCUCCAUUAUUAUUUUUAUUUUUUUUCCUCCUAUUCCUCUGCAUGUGCCAGUAGCUUACCUUAAAGCUGCUUUCUAGAACACUGCUCCUGAUGGUGAGCUGUAUGCUGGCCUAUAGUAGGUCAGUGGGGCUAACAGGAGGCACCGGAAAAGGAGUUUGAAGGGCUUCAGCACUAUGGUCGUCUUGGACGCCCUCGGAAUGUUUCUUUGCUUACUCUAUCGGAGAUUCAUUUUCCAUUCUGUCCCCGGAAGUACUAAAAGUAAACUUUAGUGGAUGGGGCAUCAAGUUCUCUGAUGUUGUUUGAGCUUUCCGUGCAUCAGGGACUGUAAAUCAUCUUGAGGACAUCACAGAUCCAAACAUUGUAACUGAAAAUGUAAACUAGUCAUCAGUCUGCACAGCUUCAUAUGUUAUUCAAAGUGUAGUAUUUAAAUGUCUUUGUCCCCGUGUGAGCCUUUAGGAUUUGGUCUUCCAUUGACAUUAACGGUUGUUGGUUUUAAGAACCGUGGAACAUAGAGACAGGAUAAUAGCUGUCAAAGUAAUAAAUGUUUUAUUAUUGA